GGAACUUCUCGCAGAACCCGAAGAGGCCUCGACAUAGGCUGACGACCAUUGCAAAGGCUGUGGGAUGGCAUUGACGGAGGGCGCAGGGUUGUUGACAUCUGUUGCAGACGAAGGGAGAGGCUGGCCGUCAAAAGACAAGUCGGGCAAGGGAUGUGACGUAGACAAUGUUACUGGUAGCGCGUCAGAUGUGCCGUCACACAAUUCUCCUGCCUGGAUACACUCACAUGCUGCUUGGAGUUUAUCUGGAACAGCGACGGAUCCUCUCGCGGAGGGGUUAGAAGGGCGCACGGAUGUUACUCUGGGCCGGCAGCAGCCAGCAUCAAACCGAGUUUACGUAUGUCAUGGUGUUACGGUCAAGAGACUGUACGAUGGUGUUGGCGACGUACUUGUAUCGAUCGGCAGCGAGUGUUGAGGGAUGUUAUACUGACCUUAGGUUCUUAUCAUCCACUUCGGCCGA